GAAUGCCAGACCCAAUCCCCGUUCCCUUCUGACCUUGCCCUGGUCACCCCCUACAGGAGGCUGUGGAUGCGUCAUGGAUGGGCCGAGAGGACGAGGCCCUGGGGGGGUUUGAGUGUCGCAAUGGGACAGCGACCGUGACGAGGGGCGUGUGGAUGUGGGACCAGCCCCUCUGGGUCCAGGCCCAGGGGAGGAGGGUGGCCGUGUUCCUGGUGGACACCGAGGGCUCCCUGGACCUGCAGCGCCAUAUGGAGACCAGCAUCAAGCUCUCCGUGUUCGGCAUAUUACUCAGCUCCUACUGGGUGGGGGAGCCGUGCUGCGGGGGACGGGACUGA